CCCCCUUCCCUUUUCUUGUAUUUCUAUCUCUCUCUCCUUCCUCCCCACACCUCUGCGGCUCUGGACCUCUCCACUCCCUCUCGCCGCCGCCGCCGCCGCCGCCGAUCUGCCGCGCAAUCCGGAGUCGCCACCCACCGUACCUCCCCGCGCGGCAGCAUCCUUCCUCGCGCCGCGCGCGCGGCCGGCGAGAAGGUUUCGAGGCGGGGACGGAACGACGCGGCGGCCGUGGAGCUCGGUUCCACCUGCAUCCAUCUCGGUGGGGUUGGUGAAGUGGGGGGGCGAGGCGGCCGGGGAUGGAUAAGCUGGUGCAGUUCGGGAGGAAGGCGUGGUUCGUGGUGCGGGUGCUGUCCGGGUACGAGGAGAGGAGGAUCCGUGCUCACAGGCUGCAGAUGCAGCAGCGGAUCGCGAGGGCCCAAGCUAAGAAGGAAGAGCUUCGGAAGCAGCCAGAACAAAUUAUUCUAUCAGAAGUUCGUCAAAUGGUUCAGCAGAUGCAAGCCCUCAAUCAGCAGCUUGAAGAAGCUGAAACCGCCAUAGAUGAAUAUUUCAAACCAAUCGAUAAGAAUGCUAAGAUCAUAAUGGACAUGCAACUGGAGAAAGAAGAGAAGCAAAUAAAGGAGAUGACGAAAGUAAUGCAAGAUCAAAUAGCAAUGCAAAGAGAAAUCGCAAGUAAGAGAGCUCAGGCCACCGCCAUAGAGUCUAAAGACGCCCAAACGCAAACAAGUGACAAGAUUGCUGAAGGCCCUCCAAAAGAAGAAACCAUGAAAUAAGUACUGGUCAUUGUUAGUCUUUUUUUUUUGUAAACAAGUAUUAUAUGCCAGUGGAUUCUUUACAUAGGCUUUGCUGGGCUAGGCAAUAAUAAGUAUGGAUGGAUGCAUGGGAAGACAGUUGCCAUUUUUUGUCACUAACAAGAGGCUAUCAUUUUCUCUGGCAGAGCUGACUAGUGUGGUUUACUAUUCAAGAUUGUGAAAUCAUGGAACAUUUGUUCUAUGUGAUUUUUGGGAUUAAAAAAAAAGAAGUUACUGUUUGUAUAUUCUUCGGGGGUGUUGUAUUAGCUUAAUUUUGGAUUUACAGGGGAUUUAUGUGAAGAACAUGGAUUUGACGCGUAUGAGAUUUGACCUGGAAUCCUGGAUA